CAUAGCGCUGCAGCGUGCACAGAGCGCGGCCACCAAGCGCGGCCACCGAGCGCGAAGCAGAGCGCGGCAGUGCGCCGGAGUCCACACCGGCGGCAAGACGGACAGCGCGCGGCAGCCGGGGCCCGCGCCGCGCGCCUCGGGGCGGACGCCCGUCCCCCCGCCGAGGCGACGCUGGGUCCCGCCCUCCUGUCUGCGCCACCACGAGGUGCCCGACGGAGAUGCUAAGCACGACAUCAUAUUCCGGAAAGUGAGGGGCAUCCUGAAUAAGCUCACGCCGGAGAAGUUCCAGAAGCUGAGCGAUGAUUUGCUCGGUUUGGAGCUCGACUCCGACAAGGUGCUUAAGGGUGUGAUCCUUCUUAUUUUCGAGAAGGCACUCGACGAGCCCAAAUAUUCGUCGAUGUAUGCACAGCUGUGCAAAAGACUAAGUGAAGAGGCUCCGAACUUCGAACCUCCUGGUCAGCCCUGCACAUUCAAACUGUUGCUUCUGAACAAAUGCCGCACCGAAUUCGAGAACCGCGCUCAGGCGUUCGCCGCUUUCGAAGACAAAGCGUUGUUGCCGGAAGAGGAGGAAAAGCGACACCUUGCAAAAUGCAAGAUGUUAGGCAACAUCAAAUUUAUCGGGGAGCUCGGCAAGCUGGAGAUCCUAGCCGAGUCCAUCCUGCAUAGAUGCAUCCAGAACCUGCUGGCGCGGCGCGCGGCCGCCGAGCACCACGAGGACCUGGAGUGCCUGGCGCAGCUCGUGCGCACCUGCGGCCGCGUGCUGGACUCGGAGCGCGGCCGCGGGCUCAUGGACCAGUACUUCGCGCGCAUCGAGACGCUCUCCGCCUCGCGCGACCUGGCGCCGCGCAUCCGCUUCAUGCUGCGCGACACGGUGGAGCUGCGGCGAGGCGGGUGGGUGCCGCGCGCGGCCGUGACGGCGGAGGGCCCCGUGCCCAUCCACCAGCUGCGCGCCGACGACGACCACGUGCCGCGCCGCGACCGCGAGCGCGAGCGCGACCGCGACCGCGAGCGCGACUCGCUGUUCCGCGGCGGCCUGCGCUCGCGCCCGCUCGACGACGUGCUGGCCGGCCUCAGCCUGCAGCCCGCCGCGGCGCUGGUGCCGGCGCCCGACAAGCUCUUCGGCAACGGCUUCGGUGCCUCGCGCGACGGCUUCCGCCAGCGCUCGGCGCCCGGCUACUACCCGCGCCAGGGCAACAACCUGCACUACAACAAACACUCGCAGACCAACCAGCAGGGCAACGGAUCCAAGGACGGGUCGUCGCGCUCCAACAAGGCGCGCGUGUACACGGCGGGCGCGCUGCAGGACGUGCAGAUGCGGCCGGCGGCCAACUCGCUCAUGUUCACCGCCAACAAGCUGUCCAAGCCGCAGCCGCAGCUGCCGCUGGCGCCCGUGCAGCAGAAUGUCCUGACUCCUGCCUUCGCGAGUACGCCGCAGCUACUGAAGGAACCCACGAUCACCAUCAAGCCGGCCGCCGACAAGAAAGACAAGCCGAAAAAGGAUAAGGGCCCCAACAAGGAGGAAGCGUGCCGGCUGGCCUUGCAGGCCGUGGACGAGGCGCUCACCGCCGACGACGACGCGGAGCUCGACGCGCUGCGCAGCCUGCGCGCGCUGCAGCCGGCCGACAAACUCGUGCGGCGCUGUCUGGCCGCCGUGCUGGAGCACGCGCUGCACGCGCCGCGCGGGGACGACGCCGCGCUGCGCGCCGCCGUGCGCGUGGCCCGCGCGCUGCGCCGCGCCGCGCCCGACGCCUGGCGCGCGCUCGUGCAGGCCGCGCACCCGCACCCGCGCCUGCCGCGCCUGCUGGCCGCCGCGCUGCUGCAGCAGGCGCUGGCGCUGGCCGAGCUGGCGGCGUGGUGCGAGGCGGGCGCGCUGCACCCGCUGCUGCUGGACGUGCUGCAGGCGCUGCGCGACGCGGCCGGCGACGCGCGCACCAUGGCGCUGUGCGAGGACGCGCAGCUCAACGUGUGCGCGCACGUGGCGCCGGGCGGGGCCGAGCCGCCGCAGGCGCUGGAGGCGCUGGAGGCGCGCGGCCUGGCGGCGCUCGUGCCGCAGCUGCGCGUCCAGGCGCAGCUGGCGCGCCAGCUGGCCGCCGAGCCCGCGCCGCACGCGCUGUACCGCUGGAUCAAGGCCAACGUGGAGCCCAGCGUGCGCGCCAACGCGGCGUUCGUGUCGUCGCUGGUGGCGCUGGUGGCGGAGCACGUGUCGCGCGCGGCGGGGGCGGCCACGCCGGCGCCGGACAAGGCGGCGCUGGAGCGCGAGAAGGCGCUGCUGGAGGCCUACGCGCCGCUGCUGACGGCGCUGCUGGAGGGCCAGCCGCAGCUGCAGCUGGCCGCCGUGUACGCCGUGCAGGUGCACGCGCACCACCACCGCUACCCUAAAGGAAUGUUACUGCGCUGGUUCAUGUACCUGUACAACCUGGAGGUGUGCGAGGAGGACGCCUUCCUGCGCUGGCGCGAGGACGUCACGGAUGCUUACCCCGGGAAGGGAGAGGCAUUGUUCCAGGUCAACACGUGGCUGACAUGGCUGCAGCAGCAGGAGUCGGAGGACGAGGAGGCGGAGGACUAGUCCGCCGUGGCCUGGCCUGCCAGGACUAGCCGCGAGGACUAGCCGCCGUCCGCCUCCCUCCCACACACACCGCGCGCUCCUCUCUCCGUGAGCCGCACCGCUUUCGUUUUGCGCUCCUCUCAUUAUAUAAAUAUAAUUAAGCCAAAUAGUUGAAAUACCUACGUUUGUUACCCUUUAACGCUAGACGCGCCGCGCGCCACUGCCGUCGUCGGCGAUUCCAGUGUUAAAUAGGACAAUUUUUAGGUUAUUACGUAAACGAAUAUUAGUAUCUCGAGAUAAUUUUUUGUAGGCCUUUUACUCGAUUUUGAUACUUUUUACAAAUGUAUACAAUGUAUAGUGUUCGUUUGGACGUAUGAUUGCACCCCGAUCUGCCUCUCCCUGCAGUGAGCGUGUUUUAGUUGAAAUUGUAAAAAAUAUAUAUAUAAAAGUGGAACUUAAAUCAAUUUUUAUUAUUAAUAUCAUGAUGAUCAUUUAUUUUCAAUGCUAAAUGGACUUAGUGGUAUCUGUAAGAAUGCUUAAAUUUCAUUGUAUUAUCAAAUUUUAGAAUUUUGUAACUAGUUGAAUAAAACAAUUAAAAAAAGCUGCCCUAAGGCAUAAGAAAUGUAUGUUGAGUGAGUUGUAAUAAAGUUGUGAACUGAUGAUGGUAAUGCAACAUUAGAUGAGUAACAUGGUCAAUAUGUAUUCAGGAUGAAAAAUAAACUUCAGUGUAAUUUAUUACAAAAACA